CCUUUCGGAGUGUCACCGCAUCAAGGCAGCUUAAUGGCACGCAUCGAUCUGCACGAGUAUGAGGAAUCGGCGUUCGUCGCCAAGCAACGAAAGAUAGAGGCAGGCGAGAUCACCAGCGUCACGUCGAGCCUCGCGCGUCCUGCCCAGAUCAGCAACGAGGCAUCUGGCGUGGGGCUGCGCGUUGACUCGAGGAUCGCCUCGGGUUACGGCGCGACACGAGAAGUUGAACUGCGCAGGAGCGACCACGAGACGUCGACACUCAUCGAGGAAUCGUGCGAGGCCGCCGAGAAUGCGGCAGUCCUUGGCGCUGCGACUCUCGAUCGCCUUGUCGACCAGCGCAAAAUUCUCGACGUGACGAGUCGGCAAGCUGGAGACAUGCAACGCAUCGCGACGCUGUCAAAUUCAGAACUCAACGCGAUCCAAAACCGGCGUCGUCGGAAGAGGGCGGUUCUCGCGCUGACUGCUGCCACGCUCGCGGCGGUGGACUCGUGGCUGUUCUAUCUGCUCAUUAGGCGCGGUGGUAAGUUAUAG